CAAAAAAUCUCGGGAAAUCGGUUGGAAUCACCAUGGAGCGCUGCCAGAAGCUAAUGAAGACUUGUGACGCAUGCAAAACCCGCAAGGUCCGCUGCAGUGGCAUUCCAUAUGCAAGUGCAACCAAGUGCCUUAACUGCGUGCGACGCAAUGAAGUCUGCCAUUUCAGCAUCAGGCACCUGCCCCGAAGACGAGAUACGGCGGAGACGCGUCACGUGCCCAGUGUAGGCUCGGAGCCGACUGCUGACAAUGACGUCAGCGGCGAGGCUCGCGAUGAAUCCCUUUCCUUUUUGGAAAUGUCAAAGUAUGAUGGACUGCAGGAGCUUUAUGUCGACCGGCUUCUCGUGGCAGACGACAACACGGCUGCUGUUGCGGCGCAGAGCCCGAGCCUGCAAGACCUCGGUGUUUUCGGGAGCGAAUACAGCUUGACUUUCUUUCCGGAGGCUCGUCUGAAUGCACUCGCUGUUCAGCUCGGCCAUGAUCGCGUGUCUCAUGUCCGAGCAAGGGUGACCAAGAUCAUCGGCGAGCGGAUGCGAACAAUCGAGCGUGUGCCGGCUCCUGCGCUGGAUUCCGAUCGCAUCCGAGUGUUUGGCGUGGAAUACGACUACAUUGAGAAAUAUGUGAAAUCCUACUUCAAGCAUAUCGACCCAAUCCACCCCUUCCUCGAAAGGCAAAGCUUUGAGAGAAUCGCCCUCGGUUCUGAGCUGACCGAAAAGCUCGCCAGCGACAAGUCGUGGUCGGCGCUCUUCUACGCAGUCCUCGCAUUGGGCUCACAGUACCAUGAUGGUGGUAGCUACCAGCCAGCAAACACUGGAAGCUGGCGUUUCUUCGCCACUGCUCUUGCCUUCUUUCCCGAUCUGCUCAUAACCCGAACAACUCUAAACACAGUCCAGGCUCUGACCGCUAUGGCAAUAUUCGCUCUGAACGUUUCUUGUCUACAGAUAGAGUACACAAUGGUUUCAGAGGGAGCCAGAAAGGCACAGACAUUGGGGUAUAAUCGGUCGACAGCUCCUGGCGACGACCCUAGAAACCGCACAUUCUGGGUCUUGUACUUCCUCGAAAAACACAUGUCCUUCAGUAUCGGUCGGAGUUCAACAAUCAUGGACUCCGACAUUAGCAGCGCGGUCCCGUCACAUCUCCUUCAAUGGAGCAGUGUUUCGUUCGACUGGACUCUGGCCUCGGUUCGGAUAUCACGAUUACUUAGCCGCAUAUAUGCCUCGCUAUUCUCCGUUAGUGUACGAGAUAGACCAGCCGCGUACUACAUCGCCACUGUUCAGAGCCUCAAGUCUGAGUUGGAUGUAUGGACGAUGACAUUACCUAUCGAGAUCCGGCCUGGGCAGCCGAUACGGCCUCACGCAAUCCAAGCAUCUCAAACGGCCAUGGACAUAACUAUCAAACUCCACUAUCUCUACUACAGCACCGCCCUGCAUCUUGACCGCACUGCUCUCCAACUAAAACAAGACCCCAGCGUGAGCUCCGCCGUGGCAUCAGCCAUAAUGCGUACUGCUCGCACCAUUCUCGAGCUCACAAAACACAUCGAUGUCCAGCCCUACACACCUCUAUGGAUCCUCGUCGGCACUCCUCUCGCCGCGUUUCUCGUGCUCUUCGACCUCGUUAUCGACAACCCCAAUCACCCAGAGACAGCCGCCAACCUCGCCAUCCUCGAUGUCGGUAGCGGCCAUUUCAGCAGUUUGGAGUACGCAUCACAAGGAACUCUCCCAGGGUCAAUCACCUCGGAGCUGACGCAGAUAGCACGUGCCUACGUGCGAGAGAGGACAAGCGAGGGCAUCACAGCCACAAUCACGACCACUACCACAAACACAUCCACGACCAGAACCACGGCUGCGACCGCGGCUGCGACAGGCGUCGCAGCGUGUUCGCAGGGUACGGUACCGCCAGAUGUGCGGUUGCUGAACACGAUUGUCUCGGAUUCUCUACCUGCUUUUGGGCCGUUUCCUGACUUGCAGUCUUUCCCUUUUGGGUGGGAUCCAAGGAGCGACAGUGAAGCGUUGCUGGGGACAAAUAUGCUGGAUUUGUUUGGGUCGUAUGUUCCACUAUGGGGCGAGGAUGGAACAUAUAAUAUCUAGAGGUCAAGGACUUAAUUACAUAGUGUUUUGUUUAGAUGACAAAAUUAAGAAGCGUAUUUCAUUUUCUCUUGUGUAAUAUAGCUAAGUAUGUAGAACAUCUUAUUCUAGCAUCUAUUUCUCAGGCGCUGGGAGUAAGACCGGCUUGGACCUGCUUCUCCCUAACACUAUUUAAGAGAGUUACU